AUGGAGAACAUAACUGAGACACUGUCUCAUUCUUCAGAACUACAUGCUUGUGUCAUCCACCAACCUACUUCAUGUGGAUGGAAGCUGGUGGAUCCAGAGCCAUCAUUUUUGAAAAUUUGCCGAAGAAGAGGGGACAACCUCUAUGUGGUGACAGAAGCUAUUGAAUUGGCCAAAGAUACUGUUCUGUGUGACAACAGCAGUGUGACUUUUUCAGCAAAUGUACAUGUUACUCAGGUUCCUUUUGUCCAGGGUGAAGGCCAGGGAAAAGAUCAGAGGGCGGCAACCAUGACUGUCCCUCAGGGCACAGUGAUGGCCUACAGGAAGAAGAAGCUGGUCAUCAAGGACAGAUACUGCAGCAUACUUGUAAUUGAUGACACAAAGCAGAAGACCUUUCAGUGUGGAAUAAUAAAGAAACCUUUGCAGCAAGUUCAACGGAGAAAGAAAGUCAAAAGUGGACAAUGUGCACUGGAGCGUUCCCCUGGAAAUGUGCACACAGAAGAGGAACAGCAGCCAAGGGCAGAACCCUCUGUUCGACCAAGAAGGAAAAUCAGAAGAACACAAUCUGCAGUGGAGCCUUCCCCAGGAAAUGUACUCACAGAAAAAGAACAGCAGCCAGGGGCAGAACCCUCCACACAACGUUUUUCAGUGCUGCAUCUUCGCAAGACAUUGACUGCCUUCAAGAAAAUCUUUCAUAAUGCCCCAGAAGAGCAACAGGAGCUGAGGAGAGGACCCUCCGGCGAGCUGGAACCCCAGGCAGCAUACGCUCAUCGAUUGAGCAGGCCUCACACUGCACCAUAUCCCUUCCUGAGUGCCUUUGAUAAUUCUGCAGAAGAGGAGCAACAGGAGCUAAGGAGAGCCUCCUCCCGUGAGUUGGAACCCCAGGGAGGUAGCAGUGUAGUUUUUCCUAAUGAAGAGAAAGAGGCAAGGACUGGCCAGUGGGUACUACCUGUGCUGCUGUGCACAUCCAGGUCCCAGUGGGAGCAGCCUUUGUCCCUGUCUGGGCCCUUACUUUCCAAUGAAAAUGUUGCCAGAACUGGUUUCUGCAGGCUAUACAAGGGGAAUCCACUUAGGGAUGCCUUUGUUGCAAUUACCCUCUGUUUUGACAUUGGGCCCCAGGUCAUCAUGAGGGCCUGUGGACACAGGAUAGGGCAGAUUGAGAAGAGUUGGACAGAGAAUGCUGAGGAAGAAUUUGUGGAAGUCACACCUUUGAGACUCACUCCCGUGUGGGCACAAUCUGGAGCGGGUUUUUGUGGUAGAUUAUCGGCUGACCUCCAUUAUGUUUCUGAUAAUUCUUCAGAAGAAAAGCAACAGGAGCUCAGGAGAGGAUCCUCUGCACAAUUUCAUGCAGGGCUGAGACCUCGAAUUGCCCCUCUUGCUUCUCUAAAUCUCUCUGAUAAUUCUGAAGAAGAAGACGAAGAAGAAGAGGAGCCAAGUUGUGGAUCCUUUGGUGAACUGGGUCCCCAUGGAGCACAGCAUACAGUGCAGUGGGGUCCACUGACAGCUCGUGAUGUCCAGUAUUUAUGUGUGAAUUUUCUGGAAGAAGAGCAACCGGAGCAAAGGACAGCGCCCUCCAGUUUCAGUUUCCUGGAAGAGGAGAUUUCUGAGAAUGUGGAGGCACUGGCCCAGGUGUCAAAGGACAGAAGAGAUGCCAUAUUGCAUUCUUUCUUGGCCAUCCUGGGGGACAGAGAGGCCCUGAAGAAACUGAUGGACAUGUGGGAAAUGGAAACCUUGGGUCAUCUGGAUGGCCCUGGUGGCAAGAUCCUAGAUGAGCUCCGACAGAGAUCAAGCCCUACCUGGAUUAACCUCGAGUACCUCAUUUUUUACCUUCUGGAAGUCUUAAUGGUGCUGAGUGACACCCAGCUUGUCCUACUGGUCCAGUCUGUGGAGAAGAGACUUCUUUCUCAGCAACGAGAGCUGGUACGGGGCAUCCUAGAGCCAAACUUCAAGUACUCCCAGCACACCCCAUUUACCGUCCAAGCAGAGCAUCUUGCCCAGCUCCAGGGCGAGGGCUUGCACAUCACCUGUGCCCUGCUGGAGGAGUGCGGCCUCAAGAUGGAGUUGGAGAGCUCCCAGUCCACCUGGCACCCAGAAGCCAAGAUGCCCUUGUCUGCCCUCUACGGGGCACUGUCAUUGCUGCUGCAGCUGGCUGAGGCCUGAGUUCUCCCUGGUGGGCAGUCAGUUCAGGGUGGCCUGGCCCAUGUUGUGAGAACCCUUAGCAGGCCUGGGAGGUCACACGGUGCUCCAUUUCUCUCCAGCACAAGUAGAAACAGGGUUUGGGAGGGACUUGAUGUUCUAGGGUGAAAGGAAAUGGUUCAUUGACAAGGGUUAAUAAAGCUUUCAAAAUUGCUCAAAAGUGCAUUAAAGAUUUAAGAGUGUGCUAGCAUUUACUU